AUACUAAAGUGUUACCAGAAACAUUUAUUGACAUGUUUCAUUAUGUAAAGCACAUUAAUUACUACUUUAUGGUUUGUUAUAGGAGUAUUUCACCCCAAGAUAAAAGUUAUGCCAUCAUUUACAUGUUCUAAACCCUUAUGAUGACACACAAAUAGAAAUUAAUGCAUGCACUGGUACAGUAGCUUUUUUUCCCCCCAUGCAACUAUAAAUUAAUAGGGACUGGAGCUUUCAAGCAUCAGUAAGCAAUCAAAAGCAAUAUAAAAGUGGUCCAUAUGAUUUGUAUGCCAUAAGUCUUCUGAAACCAUAUGGUAGCUUUGUAUGAGAAACCUUGCAUAAUUUGCACCUAUUCAAAAUUCAAGCUUUUGUGCUUCAUUAAGGGAACAAAUCAUAUAGGUUUGGAAAGACAUAAGGUAAAAGUACUAAUUUUCUAAUUUAAAUUUUUGGAACAACUGUUAAUUUAAUUUAAGGAAACUCUACCUGAAAGAUUUGAUCUUUGUUCAAAUAUCUUGAAUAGUUACAAAAAAAAAUCUAAAGCAGAAAAAUAAGAUGUAUUUAAGUUCUUAUUCUUUGUCUUGAAAGGUAGUGAAAUUAUAGCUGAUUAGAAAGUGAUUCAUCCUUUCAACUGUGAACACGUUCAAAUGUCAUGAAGCAAAUGUCUCUUCAGUCGUUUUAGGAUCUGCAGCCUACGCCCUUGCUCCAAUGGACAUUUAAUAACCACAUUAACGUUCUUGUUCUAGCACCUUCUUUCAUUUGCAGCUGUUACGUAAAGUCCUUUCCUGGAGUUUUUCCAGAGGCUGAAUGAAAUCUAUUAGAGCUGGGAGUUGUGAUGCUAUACAUCGAUUUCAGAAAUGACUCCCAGCAGGUCAAAGCAUUCUCAUAGGGCACUCUGACACGAGGAUGAACCCUCUUCUUUUGCCUCAGGGUCAGCGUCUGCACAACAGACCAUCAGGUGAGACAGUGAGAGGUUUGAAGGAGUUAAAUGAGGACCGCUGAGGCUCCGAGCCCAGCGCUGAUCAGCACUCAGUGAUGCAGGAGGAGGAGGAAGAGGAAGGAGGAGCGAGCAGAGCAGCUGAGCCUUUCUGCUUUCAGUCUCUUGUCAGCGAAUGCCAGAGCAGUUUCCUUUGCUGUGCUUCUCUGAAAAACACACACACCAGAACACUCUUCAUUGCUGAAUCCUUUCCUCUCCGCCUGGAUCAUGCUGCGCUGGAAAAGGAGCAAGUUUGUGCUGGUGGAAAAUGAGUCCAAAAGCAAGCCAAAAAGUCUUGGAGCCGGAUUGACUUAUCAUUCUCUGCUUUCGACUUUGCUCCACUCCUGUCCGGACCUCGUUCCCGACUGCCCGUUUCACUGGCUGGGAAGUGUUUUCCACAGCAAACGCCAGAAAGUGGAGCUCAACAAAGAGGAACCCACCUACAACGUGCGUUACCUGGGCAGCGUGGUCACCAUCAUGGCUAAAGGUGAAGAUUGCACGCAGGAUGCAGUGGCUAAGAUUUGGACUCGCAGCAGCUAUGGCGAACAGAGCGCCAAGAUGAAGCUCACAGUCGGGCCGCACGGCAUCCGCAUGGGGGUGGAUAAAGGUGGCAAAAAGAAGCCUGUCCACCAUUAUUCGCUCAACCGUAUCACAUACUGCACUGCUGAUCCCUACCGGCCAAAGAUCUUUGCGUGGAUUUACAGGCAUCAGGUGAAGAAUAAAGCGGUGGUUCUACGAUGCCAUGCCGUCCUGUUAGCGAAGGCAGAAAAGGCCAGAGCGUUGGCGCUUAGCCUGUACCAAAACUCAACGUCGGCAUUUACAGAGUUCAAGCGACUAAAGCGGCAAUCCGACUUCCGCCAUUGCCAGCAGCAGCUGUUGGGUGAGGACAUUGUGCCUCUUAUGCCUCUUCGGAGACUUCUGAAUGGCCAGUGCCACUACCAGCCACCUGCAGAAAAGCCUGGAAGCGCCACACGGCUCUCCUCAAUUACUGAGGAAGAGGAGGAAGAUGAGGAUGGACAGAGGGACGCUGAAUCCUUCAACACGAAAAACACAGGCACUCUCAGUCCUUCUAAUCCUCCAGAGAAAGAUCUGGGGAAGAUCGUAAAUCGACUGGAUGAGGUUUCGAUUACCAGCUGGGAUGAAGCACAGAUGACUAUCAGCACUCUGGUGUGACGUCAGAUGGAUACAAAUUAGUGUCCUCACCACUGAGCCUCUGUCCUGUCGCCUUUCCCGCCAACCCACUCUGUCUGGUACGUCCAUUGAUGCACCGUGAAACAGCUCUCCGAAACUCGGGAUAAGGUCACAAGGAGCCACAAGGAAGCGUUACACGAGCUGCAUGGAGAAGAAGAGCCAGAAGAAGCACAAUAUAAGGAAGACCACAGGUACACCAAUCAUCCAGAGUUGGUCAAGAGCGUACACCGAAAAGCCUUUAUCUACCCCUGACAUCGAGCAAAGCUUAAACCACACACCCAAAGACGAUAAAACAUUCAUCUUGUACUCAUGGCACAGAGUGAUUUUCUGAGUUUGUGCCAUGUGCUUUAGACUGAUGAACUAUGGCAAGGAACCGUAAAAUGUGACUUUUUGUAUGCCCAGAUGGUUCAUAACUGUCCCCCGGUGGCAUCUUUCAACUGGCUCAACUUCAGUGAGAUGCGGUUAAAGCCGUUUUAUUGGCAUUGGGAGAAGCACUAAUGAAUUAAACCAUAACUUAGGAAUCGAGCCAUUGACUUGGCAUGUUUACUGCUACCAUUCGUCAUAGCUCUGCUAAUCAGUAAUGCAUAACAAGUGGAGGCAUCAUCUGUGACGUCUGAGAUGAGCCUUUUAAAACAUUUAUAAAAGGUAUCUGUUUUACACUGUGAUUUGUCUGGGACCAAAUGACAGCAAUGUAUAUUGUAUGUAUACAAAUUGUAAUUCAUGCGGAAUAUGUGUUGGUGUAAUGUGGUAGUCAUAAAAACUCAUUUCUAUGCUGUUCACAUGAAGAUCGUAGCUCCCAUCUGUUAACUCUGGCAUGUGUUUUUGUAAUUUCAGCUCAUCGUAUUAAUCCUCUGGAAACUGAUUGGGGGAAAUGGUGAUUUUUCUACUACUUUCAUCUUUUUAUGCACAAUGUUGUAUAAUAAAAUGUUUGCUUAUAUUAAUUAUUAAUUAUUAAUUUUUGGAGCCCCAGCUUUCCAUUUGUUUCAUCCCGGGAUGGGUUCAUUUGAAAAUGCAGACUGCUGAUUUACAGGCUUCAUUUUAAAAGAUCAUAAUUCCUAGCUUAAAAAACACUUAAUACAAAAAGGAAAAAUAUCUAUUGACAGCCUGUGAGUGGGCUGUGGAAGGAACUGAUUUCAUCUGAAGGGCAUUUAGCUUUUCCGUCAGUGAGGCUAUUAAUCAGCAGAUUGAAUUGUACAGGAAGUGAGCAUAAAACACCUGGGCGGGCAGCACAGAGCUUUCAGUUUGACAUGAAAUCAGCCAGAAGAGCCUUCGACAGCCUCUCAGCACAUAGCUGAUUACAACGGACAAAAGGACAAGCACAUAAAAGCACGCAAUGCUGUAAGAUCUGCGUCAAAUUCACCCCAACAAGAUCUCCUUUCUGAAGUGCUGUUGAAAUGGUUUUAUUAGUGGUGCUUGCUAGGACAGACAUCACUAUUGCUAUUGCUUAUACUUGGGGUUAGGCAAUGGAUUUAAUCGUCCCAUGCCAUUUUCGAGCUAUGUGGAUGAUUUAAAUUUGUGAGUUGUGCUCAUUAGUUUUCCAAGUGAUCAGAUCAUCUGCAAUUUUACAAAACAAAAAAGUGUGGCACCACUUGCUACUGUGUACAUAAAAUGUGCAAAUGUAGUUUGUUUGUGCUGUAACUAUUUUUAAAUAUAUAUAUUUUGUCCCUGAAAUAUUGUGGGAUUCUUUAGGUGACUUGUUUAAUUAAUCUAAAAUGACUGGGUAUUGUGGGUUUCUGAUCUUUUCAAUUUUUUUUUAGAUGUUCUGUUCUGACUGAAAUGUGAGUUUUUGUCAACAGGAAUUAAAAGGGCCAUAUGAUGCUUUUUUUGAAGAUCAUUAUUUUGUGUAUUUUGUGUAACAGAAUAUGUUUACAUGCUUUAAUGUUCAAUAAACCAGUUAUUUUUUAGAUACUGUA